CCUUGUCACGGUUUGUUUCACUCGGGCGUCAUCGGCCCCGCUCGUCUUCUCUCGAUGCACACUCACCAUGCAGGCGUGGUUUACAUUUCACGAUAAUACAGUUUUAACAUUUAUUUUUAUCUAUUCGUCAACACCGGGCUACCAAUGACCAAUGGAACAUGUAUUUGAAACUAUGCUCUACGCUUCAUAGAAUACAUCGCUUUAAUCGGUUCAAUCUGUAAACCGGAAGUACUCGAGAUGCGUGUGAGAAAAAUGUAAUCUGCAAACGAGGCCAAUGGCGGACGAUCCGAACCGUGACAUUCUUCCAGUUAAAGAUGAUUCCUGCUACGGAAGCGUUCGAUGCUCCAGCGAGAUAGAUCCCAGAGAACGUCACGUCGUUUGCAAGCUCGACCGUUACCAAUUAGAAGACAGGUACUUGAGGCUGCUGGAAGAGGUCCAAGGUCUGAAGAAAUUGUCCAACAGUCAGGAAGAUAAGAUCAAGAGGCUAGCGACAAAAUUAAUGCGAUCCGCAGCCUCCUCCAGAACCUGUCCUGCCGUUCUUACAAUUAACGAUGAACGAGAGAGAAUCGCCCGGCUGGAGCUAGAAAAUGCUAGAUUAAAAGACAAAGCCUACACGUUGAAAAACCAAUUGCUAAGUCAUAGGGGUCCUAGGUCACCGUCACGAUGCCGACGUAUUCCAAGUGGCGUAUCUUCAGGUCCUACGACGUAUCGGAGCGAAAGUGCUCGAACAAAGUAUAAUCAACAACCUCCACAAAAUGUAGUUGAUGAUAACGACGUACAGAAUUAUCUCGUGAAAAUUGAGGAACUCGAGACGCAGAGAAAUGAAAUGAUGACCCGGAUAACCGAUCUCGAGGGUCAGAUCGCGGCACACACGGCUGGCAUACAAAGGGAAAAAGUCCAGGAAAAUGUAGAGUACAUCCGGAUAUGGCGUCAGAUGAAACAAACCAACGAUAAACUGAUAUCAGUACAAGCCGUGAACGAAACGCUCCACGCUCAGAUAGGAGACUUGAAAAGACUUCUGGAAGAGACGACAAAAAACAACAGAGAAAUGACAACGGCGUUGGUGUCUCAGAAGCAACGCUUGUCCGAAGUAGACGAGCAGUUAAGAAGUGCCAAAGACUCGCAAUUGAGUUUGCGAGAAAAGCAGGAACAGAUAAGGGAUCUCAGUAAUGAGAUGAAGAUCCUUCAGCAGCACAACAGCGAGUUGAUUUCAGUCAGCUCAAAGUUCGGCCAGAUUGAGCUGGAGAACGUGGAAUUGAAGCGGAAGGUGGCCGAGUGUAUGCAGGAGAAGCAGAGUCUGAAAAACGCCUUCCAGUCGGAGCAGGCAUCGCACGCAGCGCUGAGAGUGGCGAACGACAAGUUGAUAAAGAAGCUUGAAGAGCUGCAGAAGAACAUGGACAACCUGACGACGCAGCUGGUGCAGAAUCGAGGCGAAGGCGGACGAAUCCUCGCAAAGGGAACCCAGACGGAACUGAAACAGGCCGAUAAAAACAUCGGGACAUCAGUUGGAUCCAGCAGUCUGUCCGCACUAUCUGACGAGGAAAAGGAGCCGCUCUUCGAAAGCGGACAUGACGAGCAUUAUGCGGAUAAUAGCCAGACGCGCAACUUGAAAUUUUCGAAAAAAGAUUCUAGCCCAGAAAAUACCGCCAGGAAGAAAGUGGAAGUAAAAAAUCGCCCCAGCGGCCAGAGCAGGCCAAACUCUCGACCAAAUUCUCGCACGAUUUAUAGGAGAGUCGAUAGCAAGACAAAACAGCCCCAACGUACUCAGAGUCCAUCUAUGUCGCGUGAAAAAAUGCUCAAACUGCUGGAUCAGGCCCAGAUAAGUACACCACUGGAGGCACAGAAUGCCGCGAGAAUGCGGCAGAUUGAUGUUGCCAGCGGUCAAAAUGACGCUUCGAAAUACCCCGAGCCCUAUAGGCGGCCUGAAAUUCCGCUGUCACGUUCAAACGAUGCUGUUGCCUUAACGGAUGUCCCGUCAACUCCGGCCGACGAAGAAGCCCAAUGUCACGAACAGACCGAAUCCUUCGAUCCGAAACAUAUCCUUUUAUCGCUAUUUGAAAUCUUAAAGUGCUACAGCGAGAUUAUGUCCAAGACUAAAUACAGGAAUUACUCAUGUGAUAAAUUGCCAGUAACGUGCAGCACGGAGAAUUGCAAUUCUUUCAAAUAUCAACCGCAUGAUGCAGCCUCAGAUAAAAUUUCGGAAAAAGGAUACGAGGGAAAUCAAACCGGCGAAAGUUUGUGCGAAAAAUUAAUGGAUCUCUACAGCAAAACACAGAUUUCGGAGGGGCGAAGUAACAAGGAACGGAAUCCGCUGCACAAAUUCACUGAGACCAUGUGCUGUACCUGCGAUUCAAAUCACAGAUGCUGCGCCACGAAGGAUUGCGGUUACGGCUGUUGUACACCGGAACCCGAACCGUGUUUGGCACUUUUAGAAAGAAAACAUGUUUCGAACUCCAGUAAUCCGACGGACGGCAAGCUCGGCAGAGUCGGAGAAAUCGGUUUGGCGAUUCAGGAGACCUUUAAGUCCAUGUUUAUGGGGCGAGACAGCAAGUGCGAAUGCGAUGAUGAAUGCCGCGACCAUUGGAGUGAAAUGAAUCCGGGGAUUGGAAAAGAAUUGCAAUCAUCGAUUUGCAAAAGUCCAGAAGCGAUCUCGGAUGAACUGGAAAAAUGCAAGGAGCUUUUACAUGUACGAUAUAAUCCGGGCAGUGUUUACAAGGAGACAAGCGUUUCUUGCUGUGGAAGCGAUUGUCAUCCAUCGAACGAAUGCGGUGAUACACCUGUGCUGUGCGAAAUCUCUGCUUUUCCGAUGCUCAUCACAGAGGGACAAGGACUCGUCGAGAUCCACAUACUGUCUCUGCAACUAUCUGCAAAGGCCGCACAGAGUAUAUUCAAAAACGACUUGGAGGAUGCAGCUGUGUUUAUCAGCUGGGACAUAUGGGGCCAAGAAACGGCGAUGACCCCGAUGUCGAAGUAUCCUUCGCUGAGCUUCAAUUCGUCAUCAGUGUAUCGAGUGUGCGAGCUGCAGAGUUUUUUCGAUUGCGUACUUCGAGAAAAAAUUAUUUUUCAAGUCCACCUGAUUAAUCGAGACGAAGAGACGUUCACGAUAGCAAAGGCGCAGCUCAGCGUCAAAGAUAUUUUGGAUUAUCCGCAAAAUAAGCUUCACUACGUAACGCCAGUUUUCAGCCUCAUGCCAUGCUCGUGUGGCGCUAAUUUUGGACAGUUAUCAUUGUGGGUUCGGCUCAGCUGUGACAUUGGUUUGGUGGAUAGGUUCAAAGACCGUUGUGGCUUGGCACUGCCCGUUUCGAGAAAACAGAUAAUACAGAUGCCGGCCAGCUUGCAGAACGAAGAUACAGCAUCGUUUGUGGUCCCGAAAAAAAGCUCAUCAUCAAAGCGCACCAACUCUCGGGACGAUUCGUAUACUCACCCCGAACUGAUCGCCUCGUCAGUUCGCGAUAAGCGACAGGAAACAUCGCAAGAACUGCCUAUAGACCCAUUGAAGCAGUUGACGACGGUCAACAGUAAUCGAUUGAACACAAUUCAGGAAGCUGAGCUGGAGAAUCAAGCGGACCCUGCUCAGAAGUUUGAUAAACAAACGGAAUACCGUAGUGAAAAUCCAGAGGAAACACAGCCAGACGCCAAACGUGGCCGCGACGGUUUCUACAUGUCAUCGAAUACGAUCAACGGCAAUGACUCUCUGAAAAGUGAUGCUGGAGCGAGUACGUCCACCUACGACAGACUCGCAAGUUUGCAAAGUAAAUUGGACAGCAGUCAACAGAUUGAAUCGACAAGUAUCACCGAGUUCAACAAUGUCUUGAAGAAUCAAACUGAUAGAUCGGCUCUUCACGGAACCGAAAGCACGUCAAACGACUUGGGGGCGGUAAUUUCCGAUGAGAAGUGGGAAAAAUAUAAACGUAACUGCACCCCUAACAGCUUUGCAGCAAAAUCCGACAACUCGAGCGCUGAAAAUAUCCAGGACACGGCAGUGAACAAAGAUGUGGUAGCAUCACCCAAGUAUCCGAUUACUAUAACAAUCCAGUCGAUGAACCUUUUCGAGAAAAGUAGUAUCAUGAAUAAUCCGGAAAUUCAGUUGCUGUACAUUGAAUAUUCUUUUCUCGGACAUCAAGGGGCCGAUAUGGAGACCCACUCAUUACCCAAGCCAAAGAAUAAGGAUGAAACGAUGUUCUAUAAUUUUACUAGACAUUUCCAAGUUGACGAGGAAUAUCAUAAUUCGCAGAGAUUGAUGUUGAAUGCCAUGUUGACCGGAGCGUCAAGCCCAGUAAUCAGAUUUCUUAUAGUGAGUGAACCAAUUCCCGAGGAAAUGGAUCGCAAAGAGUGCAUCGAAGUUGGGCAUGCUGACCUUAACAUACGAGAGUACGCAUUAGGCGAUGGAUUGAAAAACAUCGCACUGAUAAUUAUGAAUCCGGUACAAUCGGAGCAAAUCGGAAUGUUGAAGAUAUCAAUCGACGGCGUUGAACUUAUUCGGAAUUGCAUGAUGCUUCAAGCAAAUCUUCGAAAUUAGAUGAACCGAUUUAAACAAUGAGAGGA